AUGGCUAACAACACCCUCGAAGCCGAUGCACUUGCGCUAGGAAAACAAUGGAGAGACACUUCGACAUCUAUCUACUGCGAGAUUGCUUCCCUUGCCUUCGUACUCUUCGAUCAUGCCAUAACAGUAGAUCAGGAAGUGGAAAGGAUAUGGAAAUCCCCUUGGUCUUUACCUAAGGUUUUGUUUUUGUUCGUACACUGGUCCAAUCUCAUUACUGGUCAAUACUACGAUUUUUACGAACUCCCCUCCAUACUCAGUAAAUGGAUUCAUUUUGAGGGCGCGGCUGGGAUUAUAGCCAAAGCAGCUGCUGAAAUGAUUAUGAUAUUCAGCUCAUGGUAUAAAGGGUGUCAUCCCGUAGGGCUUCCCCAUUGGUUCUGGGGCUAUUAUAUUUCACCCUUAAUAUUCGAAACGAUACUGUUAUUUCUCACGCUAUACAAGACAGUCGGACACAUCCGCUCCAAAGUAACAAAAACGCCAGUGAUUCAACUCUUUGUCCGUGAUGGCGUAGCAUAUUUCGCUAUUAUGUUUUGUACCCUCCUUUCAAAUGCUUUGAUAUGGCUCCUUGCUCCUCCUGGAUUGCUAGAAGCUGGAAUUGGUUUCGCCAUCGCCGUGCCUACAGUAAUGGCCUCCCGGAUCCUGCUUAAUCUACGGGGCCUAUCCGGAACGCCUGAUUCAUCAGAACUUAGCGCGGCCACUAGGGAAGGCAUACACCAUCAAGCAAUUCAGUAUCAACAUGGAGCUCCAAUAGGAAGGCCACGCAUCCAACCAACACUCACACAAUGGACCGUAAGUGAAGACGAGACUAUUAUCGCCAGGAUGCAAGAGGAACAAGUAGAGAAGCACGCACCCCGCCAAGGAACACUUCAGCAGGGAGACGACUCUCCGCGGUCAUCAAUAGGAAAGGGCAAGGGAAGAGAGAUGGACAUUGAGAUGAGCCCAGUAUCAUCAAGUGGUAGCAAAAGCCCUAUUGCUCCAGUACUGCCUCAUGACACAUAUUUUGGACGAUACGACUUCUGA